AUACAUUGCAUAAAGUUUUAGCUUAAUUUAAAAAUUUUUUGAAGUAAUCCUAUUAAAUCUGUAAGUUAAGGUUUUUCCUAUAUUUAUAUAAACUCGUCUAAAGUUUUCCUAUAUUUAUAUAAAACUCUUCUAAAGUUCUUUAAAUUUGCAGAAGAAGAACAGUUCACAGUUUAAAUCGUAUAUUCAGCACCAUUGUCAACUGCAUUCAUUACAAAUUGAAAGCGCUUGGUCUAGGCUAGGAACUGUGUUUGGAACUGGUUUAGGUUAAGAACGGUUUAGGAUCAGAGCAACUGAUUCGAUGAGAAGUGUGUUUAAUGACUUUAUGAAGUGUUACCCAAAUGGAUAUCGUUUAUUGAUUGAUAUAGGAAUAUUUUUCAUUUUGAUUUGAUCAUGCCAAAUCAUAGUGACGAAAAGAAUCGCCUUCAUUUUAAGAAAAAAGAAGCUAAAUCUAAUAAUUGCUAUCAUGAUGUUAAUACAGAAAAUGAUUCAGAAUUUAAUAUCCAACGCAUUUCACCGGAAAUGCAAAAGGUGAUACAUGAUGAAAUACGCAACAUUCUUUAUAAUUUACAGACCCAACUCGAAGAAUUUGUGCGAUUUGUUGAAGAAAUUGAAGAGCAAACACCUAAGGAAAUAAAUACACCAAUAUCAUCACAGUUGCAUUCAAAGGAACCUUUUUUGCAUCCAGACUAUCAUUCAAAUUCUCUCUAUGCCCCGGAUACAAAAACAGAUCAUGCUGCCUUAAGAGAUGCUUUCAGUAUGGUAAGGCAAUUGCUUCUUCGCAUUGCUGAUAUGUUGCAAGAAAUUGCUUCGAAAUUCUGUGGAAAUGAUGCCAGUAAGAACUUCCAAUCCUCCCCCUUUUUUGAUUUGUAUUACUCACAAUAUGUCUACCAAAUUGCCUUCUACAUAUUACAAAUAACUGGAGAGCAAGUGAGUAUAUUUUCAGAAGCUUUGUGCAGACGAACGUUGCCAUGUCCUUCAACAGAAUACGUAAAAGACACAUCUUCUCAAAGGGACAAUGUUAGUACUCCUUCAAAUUCUUCUUCCCUCACAAAGCGCUUAAGCAACACAGAAUUCGAACAAAUUCAUAACUUUGAAGAAGCUGUGAAUCGUGAAAAAGUUCCAGAAAACGAUAAACGGUAUACUGAUAAGUUUUCUCAAACACCUGAACGUCUUUUGACUGAGAUUGACAUCAAGGCUCAAAUGGUAGACAUUUUAGAUCUUUUGGCAUUUAUGAUUGAACACGUAUCCCUUUAUUUGCAAUGCAGAGGAAGUCAAGAACUCACUUUUAGAAGUAUAGACACCUCUGUUUCAUCACCUGAAAGUGAAAAGCAGUUUUUGCAAAAAGUGUGCAAGAUUGAGAGCUGCACAUCAUUGAACUGUAAAAAGUGUUGCGAUACAUGCAGGUAUUCACAUCUUAUGCAAGACCAGAGGACCUUCUUCCAGGAUGCUGGUUCAAAGUAUGAUGCACAAAGGUCUUCACCAUAUCGUCGGCCAAUUACACGGGAUUCAUUGGUGGAAGAAUCAUUCUUUCCUCAAGGCGAAACUAGCAGAUACAAACAAAAGCGUUCUUCUCGUCCUCGCAUUUCUUUCGAAAAUGGUUUUACGGACAGCAAAAACAUUUCAAAAAUUUCGACAAUCGACAGAACCUUUCCUUCCGAGGAGAUAGUCUAUAGCUGGCGUUCAGAUUCUGAUGAGCAUGCAGGCACUAAAAUUAUAAAUCUGCGUGGAAAAAAAUGUCACUCAAAGUCAUCGGAAGACAAUGAUACAGUUGAAAUGUCUUCCUCGGAAAUGGAAGAUGAUCAGAACAACAAAAUGCAAAAAAAUUACCAAGCUGAAGAUUUACAAUCGAAGUCGAUUUCCCCUGACACGAGAACUGAGACUGUUACAGAAAAGGAGGAUUCAACAAGAUUCCCAACCAGUCUGCAGCAUAGCGAAGAUAUGGUAUUUCAAGAAAGUCGUCAUUUCGAUGAUCCGCGAGGCCCAGUUUGGGGCUUCUGUGUCUUACCUACUGUUUCUAAAGAAAAUUAUCAAAACGAAGGAAAUAAUAUGGCAAAAUCGAAAGCAGAUGAGAAAUUUAUGGAAUCUUCUCCCUUUGUGAAAUUUGACAGUCAAAAAUUCUCUAGAUUAGUCGAAGAGGAGCUGGACAAGUACCACCAACAAUGUGAAGAGAUCUCGGGAAAUCCUGAAGAACGUGAAUCUACAGCAAUCGUCAAUCUUCUCAUCAGAUGCUUUCGAGAAUCUUGUGGAAAUAUGGAUGAAAAAUACCAGGAGAAGUAUUGUUCUGUUGGAACAGCUUUCCCAGAAAAGGGUGAAAAUGCCAAGGAAAAAGAAAGGCCAAAGCCUAUACCUCUUCUUGAUGACUCUCCAGUUUCCGAAAAGAUGGUGGAAAAAUUCGUCUCAGAUACUUUGAAUCUCGCAUCGCAGAUUAUCCAGAAGAAAGAAAAAAGAAAUAGCAAGCUACCUAACAGAAAGGACAUCGAUACAGAAAAAUGGAGAGUCACCAAGGAAGAAAAUAUAUUGGAAUCACCUAAAGAGGAAGAAACACAUGAAACACUUAACGAUGUCUAUAGAUCCUGCUCUCUUGAAAGCCAUUUCCUUAUCUCAGACAUUGUGAGAGGAGUGCCGACGUCUCAGCUGUUCAAGCAUCCAGAGUCUUCGAAAGAAGCAACUGGGGAACAGGAUUCAAGUUUCUGGACAGGCUGUCCUAAAGUUUCCACUCUUCACCGAAGCGAUGAUAAAAUUCCUCAAGGAUUGAUGGAAGUCAGAAAGGUUGUCAAUGGUUCGGUUCAAGUAUCUUUGACAGAAUGGGAUGAAAAAGACGAACGGACUAACUGGAAGUGGAAUAAAAGCUUUCUAUGCAACACGCCACGUGUUCAUGUAGCACAACAAGCUACAAGUAUUAAUGAACCUGUUUUUAAAGUGUACUUUGGCUCACGGGGGCGUCAGCCAAGAUGUACUGCUGGUGAAACCCAACUCCAAAUUGUUCGGGAAGUAGCUGAGAAGGCAACUGCUAAUCUGCAAGAGAAAAGCAGCAACGCAUCAAUGCAUUUAUCAAAGAGUGAGCCUAAAGAUUUCUCAUCGGAAUUAAAAGCCUCUGCUUCAGAACCUGAUAUAAUGGGCAUGAAUCUAGUGACAGCAAAGGACUGGAACUUCAUGAAUAAACUGUGGAUCUUUUUUGAUGACUUACACAAACACGGAUAUGGCGAAGGUCCACCGCUUAUCAUUCGAGUCCGACGGGAAUGCUUUCUUCAAGACGCGUUUGACAUCUUCAUGACGCCUUCGAGAAUUCCUCUCAAUUACUAUCGCUGUCUGAAAGUGAUCCUGAUCGACAAUGACAGUUCAGAAGACAUAAGUACGCAAAAGGAACUCUUUGAGCACCAAGAUGACACUGACGAGCUUUUCGAUAUGUUGUCAAAUCAACUCUAUACUCCAAAAUAUCUCCAGUUAUUUGACUUUCCGAGUGAUGAAACGCAGUAUGUCUAUUUCAAUCCUCACACUUCAUAUCUUUUGCAGUGGUUUGAAUUUGCCGGAAAGGUACUCGCACUCUGUAUUUUGCACCAGAAGCGCAUUGAAACUAAGCUUCCACUGUGUCUGUUCAAGGGCUUACUGGACAGGCCUAUAACUAUGCUUGACCUGAAAGAAAUCGACCCACUGUUAUACCAAAGACUGAAAUGGCUGAAGGAUAACAAUGUAAACAGCCGGAAAAUCUCAAUGACCUUUACAAUGAAGGAAAGAGUGAAUGCCCAUACAGUCGAGAGUGAACUGAUACAGAAUGGAAGUAAAAUCGUCAUCACGGAUGAGAAUAAGUUCAGUUAUAUCGAAAAAGCAGUUAUCUGGAAAUUAGCUGAAAAAUGUCUGCCUGAACUGAACGAAUUCAGAAAAGGAUUUAUUUCGGUGUUGGAACCAUCUCUGUUAUCUAUCUUUUCGGAGAGAGAGCUGAGAGAAAUGAUCAGCAAGAAAAUGGAAGAUACGCAAAAUAACAAUGAAUCCAUUAACGAAAAGAGAGACCCUACUAAUAGAAGGGCAACAUGGGGAUAAUGAAUAACAUUGUACCUUUUCAGCAAUUAUACACGAGCAUAAAAGACA